GCACAUCUAAUCGCAAACGAGCUUGUCAAAUCGCGUCUCGCGCCGUAGACGUUUGCUCGUGCGGCGGCGACCCACUCGCGCUUUGGACUUGUGUUUGUGUCGAAAAUAUGCCUUUUAUUUCUAAAGACUGGCGUUCACCUGGCGAGGAAUGGGUCAAAACACAGGAGGGAUGGGAAAAGAAGAAAGUACUAGAGUGCACAGCGCAGAGAUAUCCCGCUAUUUCUAACUAUAAUAACCCAGCUGACCAGCCAAAGUCAUGGAGCCAGGAAGGUGACGAAGGCGAGAAAGGUGAUUCCGUGGCCAGAGUACCCCCGCACUGUCAUAUCACCAUCAAAUGUACUAGAGAGAUCGCAGGCUUCAACGGCCUCUCGGAAGCCGUCCGUCGCCUGGACUUCUCUUCAGCUGUCCGCGACGUUCGUCGGUUCAAUUAUAUCUGCGCGUUACUAGAACUGUUGCUGGGCAGUCAGCGCCUGACGCAUUUACCUGGCGCGGCGCAGAAGUUAUUACUUUCUAUGCUGGAACAACUUGCGGACCAAGUGGCCACAUCGAAGCAGAACCUGAACGCCCUCCGAGCCCUCCUGGUCGCUCUCGGAGCCCUGCGCGAGGCGGAGCGGCGCGCGUGCUGGGGGCGGCCGCUCGGCUCGCGCGCGCUGUGGGGGCACCACGACCACGCCAUCGCCAGGAUACACCACAUCGCCGACAGCAUCCGGAUACAGGAGCCGGGACCAGAGGUAGUGCCUAAGCUUCACGAUUUGCCCGAGGAGUGCAUCAGGGAGAUACUCCUAAGGAUAGCGGACCACAGGGAUUUAGAUGCAGCAUCAUCAGCAUGGAACCUGAUGGCCUCCGUAUGCUCGGAGCAACGCACGUGGCGUGAGCUGGUGGCGUACCACUUCACGCGCCCGCAAAUCGAGACCGUCACCAAGGACAAGGAGGAUGUUGACUGGAAAUCGGUGUUCCAUCAACUGAGAAAGCUGUACGGGUUGCGACAAGACGCGCAGUACGCGGAGACGCUGUCGCUGUGUCGCCACUGCAAGUGCCUGUUCUGGCGCUCGCUCGGACAUCCGUGCAUUGCUGAUCAGUGCCCGGAGUACCGCGAGCGGCUGCGCUCGGCCGGCGGCCCGCUGCCGCCGCACCCCGUGCCGCCGGCCGCCUUCCUCAAGUUCUUCUCGCUGUGAACUGUCAACUGUGAAAUGUGAACACAUCCACUACUGCUUAUAUUUAAACUGUGGCACCGCACGUUCCGCCGUGACGGUAAUGUACUGUCUACUUUACUUGUGUCAGUAUCGUCCCAGUAUCUGUACUCGGGUACAGCGUCUUGAGCUGAUCUAAUGUAGUUAUUGUACUUGUAGCACUGACGCAGCGUCUUAAGGCCGUUCCAUCGGUUUGCCGCUGUCUUUGUCACAUUUCGCAAGAAAGAACGGGAAAGAACAUACGCGCCAAGUGUCAAUUUUGAGCGAAUUUUGUCGGUUUUUAUUUAUUUAAAAAACGUUACCUUACAAUAUCGAAAUUCUAAAGCUAUGAAAUUACUAUUUAUGUUAAGAUUGUUUUUUCUUCUUUUUUUGUUUAUAGUAUCACAUAAUAAAUAACUGGGUAAAGUAGGAUUAAAAGUCCGAGUUAGAGGUUACUUUGGGGAUUAAUUAUAUCGAGCGAAGUGUCAUAAUUCGUGUAUCGGAAGCUAUGUUGUUAAAGAUAAUAUAGUCAAGAAAUACAUAUAUUUUUUCCACGUCUACGAAUAUCAACGCCUCUUAGAAAAACAUGAUCAUAUAAGGAGAUUUUUCACCUUCUGGCUCAGGGAACCGCCUUAAGUAAGCGAACAACUCGCGAACGCGAAGCCCACGGCGUUCGCGUUCGCAACGAGAUCGCCCACGUGGGACACUUCUAUAGGUAUCAAAGGAUUGAUUCACCCCGCAUCGCUUAGCAUCGCGUUCGCGUGUUAUUCGCUUACGUAGUACGCUGCGUGAGCGUCCAAUAGACGGUCUACUGUAAAUAUCUUGUGGCACCGAGCGUCCAAGUUAUCUACUAUAGCUAUUGUACUAAACAUAGAUCAUCCGAGUAAGUCUACUGUAUGUAGGGUCAAGGAGGAAACAGCGGCUCGGUUGAAAAAGACCGGGUACAGUGGCUCACUCGACCUAAUUUCAACACGAGAGAGGCGAUAUUUGGGCGACUGAGCCACUGUUUCCGCCUUGACCCUACUUGUGACAAAAUUAUUACAAUUACGUCAUCAGAAGACUUAUGAGUCUGUAGCUGUACUUGUAAAAAAUGUGACACCAAGUAUUCUUAUUAAUUAUAACUACUUUACUCGUCUAAAUAUCGGUCUACUGUACCUAUAAAACGCGAGCCAGCCGCAAAUUUCGUCAGUCAUCGCCUCCCGGGCGAAAACUCUUAUAGCGAUUAACGGCUAUGUAUGAUGAACCCUCGUGAACGUCAGCUGCCGCUCCGUUGGUGGGUUGAAGAAUGGCAGCCACCGAAACGCGUAACACGGUCUUGCUUCCGCGAUACAACCGGCUGACGAUUUGUUUUAUUAACAAUAGCAUCUAAACUAUCAUCUGACAAAGUAUCAAGCGGGAGGCGAUGACUAAAUUUUUUUAUAUACUAUAUUUGCUGCCAUUCCUCAACCCACCAACGGAGCGGCAGCUGACGUUCACGAGGGUUCAACAUACAUAGCCGUUAACCACUAUACGAGUUCUCGCCCGGGAGGCGAUUGGUCAUGGAAAUCUGUUCCUGGCCCGCGGUCUACUACUCUACCUGUAUGACUGAACGCUUGGGUACUUUGCCUGUUACUAAAUACCCGAGUUGGUCUCCUGCAUAUAAUAUAUUCGUUGUUUGUGUGGGUUGGUUUUCUAUCUACUUUUGUGACAUUGCUUGUUCUCAUCGCAGAUACAACCGCCAUGUAAACGCCCGUGUUGCGCCCGCGCACUAUAGCUACUUAAAAAGCUUUACAAUUCAUGUACUGCAGCUAAUUUACUUGUGACUCGUACUGAAGUCCAGUUUAAAAAAAAUUACAAUUUCAAUAAUUGUGUAAUAAUUAUUUUUACAAAAAACUGGACUAGGACGAAUUAAUAUGUCGAAAUCAAUGUUCUCUCAAUAGGGACGCAAACCUUAAUAAUAUAUAUUUUUCCAUCCUAAAAUAUGUGAAAUAUAUACACAAUUGUGCUGAUCUUAAUACAUAAUUAAGAUUUGGAUCAUCAACCAUAUUUAAGACUAUGUACAUUAUGUGAAGUAAUCAUGUACUAUUAAUAAGAGUAAUAAGCAGAUACAAUGAAAUGUACAAUGUCAAACGAGAAUUCUUUAUGACAUUUGCAACAUAUAUUAUAUGGAUGAUAUAGAAAGGAUGCCAAUCUAUUAUGGCAGAAUUGUUGCAAAAGUGACCGCUUUCAGCUUUAAAUAAUAGUUCUAAAUCUCUUUGGUGGCGCUAGUUAGGCUCUGGGACAUGAGUAUAACAUGAACCAUAUAAGGCAACAAAUAACCCGACUAAAUUACGUAGGUUGUUUUUGGUAGUAUUUCGGUGUAUGGUGGCGCCGCCUAAUUACUGUUUUUAUGGACACUUUUCAUACAUAGAGAUUUGGCUCCUUUAUAUAGUCUCCAUGAUAUAUUAUUAAUUGCCUGUUAAAUACGAUUUAAACCUUGUUUUUUAUAAGGCAGAUAUUUUUAUAAUAUUAUAUAGAAGGCAAACGAGUGGACGAAUCGCUUGAUAGUAAGCAAUUACCGUCGCCCGCAACACCAGAAUGGUUGUGUGUGCAUUGCCGGCCUUUGAGAUAGGAGAACGUUCUUAAAGGUUUUAAGGUCGUAUCUGUCCGGAAAUACCGCGGGCGACAGUUCAUUCAUUUUAGUAUACACGGUGGCUAAAAAAUAAGUGCAUUCCGAAAUUUACCCUCCCAUAGAAAAUGGACCAGCCAAAAUGUAUGAAACAGUCAAAUUUUUUUUCGCGAUUUCGGGGUUGGUCCCAUAGCAAAAGUUGCUCAGUAUAAUCCCAAAACCUCCCUGGCAACGGGGAUGCACAUAUUUUUUAGCCACCCUGUAUAGGAUAUAAUAACACUGCAUGGUCAUAAUCUAGUACAUGAACUCAUUAUAAUAACGAUUUCAAAUAUCGAAAAGCGACUGACAAACGAUCUCGGGCUUAUUUAAGGCCUAAACACACGUUUUAUAUCACUAAAAUUUAAGUGUACGUUCAGAAGAAGCUAAGCGGAUGAGGUAUCCAAAAUGAUAUAAAAAUUGCUUUUGUUAAGAGAAUGAGAGUGCAUAUUUUGAACGGGUCUAUUGUUUCCCAUAUAGUUUUAAGUCAUAAUGUACCUAUUGUUUGUCCACAUUUUCGUUAGUCAUAAUUUGGUUUUUCUCAGAAACGCGUAAAUUUUUAAGAUUGCCAUAAAACAAAGCUUACCUAUCUAGGAUAACCUUAGGAAAAUCCUGAAAAGUUAAGUUAGAAUUAUGACUAAUGAUAAUAUGGCAAUCAUUACAUUAUGACUUUGAAUAAUUAUGUCAAACAAAGGGACACAUCACACCACAUUUUGAACACAUCGCACCGACGGCACGUUUAGUUAUUUUUGCUGCUAACUUCUUCAACCCUUUAGGGCCAUUUGCAUCAUCCCACUAACCCGGGGUUAAGCGUUUACCUAGUCAGAUUGUACUGGUAAACAUGAUAGGCGCUUAACCGGCAAUGACGUGAACUAGCGCGCGGUUGCAACACAAUAUCAACCUUCGUGCGUUCUAACAAGGUUCAAGAUAGCGCGCCGCACAUGAUAGGCGUGACAUUCAAAGGUUUAAUCGUAGAUAAAUCCGGCUAAAAAUGUAUCCAAGCGAAAAAUCAGGUAUUCAAAAUGUGUUCCAUUUUAAAAUUUAUCGUUAAGUUUUAAAUUAAUGUACUAAAUUUAUGGUCUAAGGAUGGGACAUUUCAGUAGUGUAGUUAUCGAUAAAAUUAGUUACUAAAUUUAAAUUCUUUACUGUAAUGUUGCAAAUUUGAAAUGUAUUGAGCUUGUUAUUGUCUAUACUGUAUUAUAAUGUGAUUCUACAGAUCUUGUGACAGUUUUUAAGCUACAUAUAUCUAUUGAAAAUCCAAAAAAAUCUGUUGUAACAAUCUGUCUGAGAAGAAACCCGUUUAUUCAUUAUUGUCACAAACAAGGCAAAUAAAUUAAUGUAUUAUAAAUUAUGCUGUCAAAAAAGGUAUAUGUCUAUACAGAAUAUAAAUUGUUAGGUAAAUAAAGGCCUCAUUUAGACAUCAAAAGAAAUUAAUUGUUAACUUAUGUGGUCGUUACUAAAUUGAAAUCCAGUGAAUUCGAAUGAAAACCAUUGCGCUGCCAGUAUAUUUAAUGUAAUAAUCUAAGUAACCAUCUUUUAGAUAGCAGUCAAGUAAUGAUUUUGUCCUUCAAAUUCGUCCAAUAGUGUCUCUACGUUUAUUUUUUUACGAACACACUUUGUUUGAAAGAACUAUCAUUACAAUUUCUUUCCACCAUAUUAACCAGCGCAGUGAUAAUGGAUAAACAUGUUACAAAACAGAAAAUCUGUCCAAAAUUACACUUUUCGUAAGGACAUGUUUAAUGUCAAAUAACUAAUACCUAUCGAUAUCGAUGUUUUAUUUUAUCGACUAUUAAUCUAAAUGUAGACCGCAACACUACGCUUUAUUGAGUGAAUAUAAUUUGAUUAUUAAGUUAUUCACCAUUUUUUUUUAUUUUCGCAUACACUAAAGCUUGUUUUAAUGUAAUGCUUUAAGAACUUAAUGUGAUAUCACCAAAUUUUUUUGUUACUUAUACCUAUCGGAAGUUUGUGUUUUGUUAUAUUUAUAUUAUGUUUAUUUAUAAGCGAAGCAGCUUGGCUAAUUUAGUUAAUAUGCGUAAUAUUGGGUUCCUUUUGUUUGUUAAAUAGAGUAAUUAUACAGUAUAUCUGUCUUAUGUAUGGAAUAUAAAAGUAUUAAAACGUAGGAUAUGUUACUUAAGAUGCAUUCUGUUUUGUGAUACCAUAAAAUGUCUCAACAGCAAAUUGACGUUAUAUUCUCAUCUCUUUCACUCUAGUGACUGUUCAAAAGCUAUGAAAGAGAUGUGUAUACAAUAAAAGUUACUCUAUGGUUUAGUAUGUGCACUAGUGCUGCACUCUGGCGGCAGAACAUUGCAGUAAUACUGCCUAUUUACAAAACUUUUCGUGCUUAGCGUCCAUACUCUACUGUCACGAUUGGUUGACCAAACUAUAAAUGUGACAUUUUCAACCAAAAGGUACCACAUUGUCGCUUGUCAAUAAGGUUGAUUUCAAAUUGAAUAUUUUUGAAAUAAAUCUGUCUGUGCGAUAUAUCAAAUCUGCUGGUAACAUAAUAUAUCACAAUUAGUUAGAUCGCUGAACUAACGCAUCUAAUUUAGAAAAAUCAAUAUUUUGUUACAUAAUCGUAGGAAAUGCAUUGUUAAAUAAGCAAAUUGUAAGUUUUCCCAAUUCUGAGGGCCUACCGCGAAUAGGGUUACCAGACGUCAGGAAUUUUUCCGACAUGUCAGGAAUUUUUGCCGUUUAUCAGGAAUGCGGCCGAAAUACGAAAAUGUCAGGAAUAACAGAGUCAGAGAUAACAAUUUCGCCCUGUAUGAGAGAAGCAUCGAUAUUCGAGUUUAUCGAUAUAGGAACUCCCCUACCCGGUUACUAAAUUUUGCCGCCUAAACUUCGGUUUUUGUUAAUGUAUUAAAUUUGUUUAGGCCUAACUGUUUGUUGAUCUGUCUGUCCGUCGAGAUAUCAGAACUCAUUUAAAACUUAAGUCUGAGGUACACUUAUCGUACCGCGUAGAGUAGCUGUUGAUAUUGUGAUAUGUAAGGAUAAAAUUAUUAAUUUUAAGGCCGUCUUCACAUUGGAAGAACGUCGCUCCUGUGUGUGAGCGAGACACCGCCAUACAUGUAUAGCGUUGUCUCGUUUACACACCGGAGCAACGAGCGAAUAGGAAUCGGUGUGAUGACAUUAGUCCCAGUACUAACAACAAAGUAUUCAUUGAUUGUACUAGAUGUGUAAAGUCUAUGAAAAAUUGUGACGUUUUCAACCAAAAGGUACCACAUUGUCGCUUGUUGAUAAAUUUGAUUUCAAAUUGAAGCUAUAUGGAAAUAGCGCCUUACUGACAAGCGACAAUAAGUACCCUUGGUUGAAAAUGGCACAAUUCAUGCUUGAAAUUUGAUAGCUAUAGGUAAUUUAGAGAUGGUUCCGUACAUUACGCGGUAACUUUAGCUGUCAAACGUUUGACAAUUUAAUAGGGAAUAUUACGCGAAACUCUGCGUAGGGGGCGCCACUACCACAAACCAUCACAAUCUGAGGGCCUACCGCGAAACAAGAAAAUCGAAAUUUCUCGUUUUUAGCCAGGCGUGGCUGACGUGGCUCACUCCGCGAUUUCGUCACGUCGCUAAAAGUACAUGCGGCCCACAGCAAUUUGGGUGUCUAGCCAUAGUAAUUGCCGCGCACCGCUACGGAACGGACCCUGUUCGCGCUUGCGCCACCUAGCGGUCAUAUCUGUCGUAAUAGACGCGUUUUAUUAAUGUUGUACUAUUAUUUACUCUGUGGUUUAGCGUCCUUACUUUACAAUCAAUGAAUCUUUUUCUAUAAAUAAGUGUAGUGUAGAUAUUAUCGAAUGCAGCUUCUACUCACAGUCACUAGCUGUCGUUCUGUGAUGCGUUUUGUUUGUGCAAGGGAAUUGUUUUCAUUGUGUUCUAACUUUACUGUACUUUAUAACGGUAUUUUGAAAUAAAGUUAUUUUGAAUACAA